AUGACUACGAAUGGUAAACUAGACUCAACUGCCAACGGUAGCACACAUGUGACCGUCAAUGGUGCCAACGAUUGUCUGAAUGGCAGCUAUUCGCCGGCAAAGGCACCACACAGCACAAAUGGCACUUCAUCACAUGUCGAGGCCAACGGCACCUCAAACCGUGUCAACGGUAAUCACGUUAGGAAAUUCAACGAUGACACAUCCCAACAAGAUCGCCAGCGGCUUCGUGUAACCAUCAUAGGUGCCGGAGUAUCCGGGAUUUCGAUGGCCUACAAACUCCAAAAGCAUCUCAAAGACUAUGUUGAGAUACAGAUCCUUGAAAAGUCACCAGAACUUGGCGGGACUUGGUUUGAGAACAAGUAUCCAGGCUGCGCAUGUGACGUUCCAAGUCACUGCUAUCAAUUCAGCUUUGCGCCAAAUCCCGACUGGUCACGGUUCUACGCUUCAUCCCAAGAGAUUCAGGCGUAUCUUGACGGUGUAGCACGUCAUUUUGAUCUGCGCAAGUUCAUCAGGUUCAACACAACAGUGACUAAAGCAGAGUGGUCAGAAAAUUCCGGCACAUGGUCCGUAAAUACUGCGGACGGAUCGACGCUCGUAUCAGAAAUUCUCGUCAACGCCAGUGGCAUUCUCAACAACUUCCAGAUGCCAAAUAUUGAAGGAUUCAAAAACUUCGCUGGACCCGUGCUUCACACGGCUAACUGGGAUUCAUCCGUAAACCUAAGCGGUCAACGAGUCGGUGUUAUUGGGGCGGGUGCGAGUUCCGUUCAACUUCUUCCCGAGAUCCAAUCAGAAGCCAGCAAGAUCAGCGUCUUCAUCCGGACACCGUCGUGGAUCUCUCCGCCGGUUGCCCUGCCGGAGGCAAAUCGUCCCGGACACACAUACGGCACAGAUGAGAAGAAGGCGUUCAGAGAUGACGAAAGAGAGUAUCUUGAGACCAGAAAGGGUCUUGAAUCGCAGUUCAACGGCAUGUUUCAGGCCUUUUUCAAGGCGAAUCCAGAGCAGAGGACCAUGCGUCAGCGAUUCGAGACGAGAAUGAGGAGCCUUAUUCAAGACAAAACCUUGCAGGAUCAACUCGUUCCCAAGUUCGAAGCGGGUUGCCGGCGGAUCAACCCCGGCGAGAGGUACUUACUUACAUUACAGGAGCCCAAUGUCGAGCCGGUGUUUGACGGCAUUGAGCAAAUCACAUCCAGCGGUAUCGUCGCGGGUGGUGUUGAGUAUCCUGCCGAUGUUUUGAUCGCUGCGACGGGCUUCAACACCUCGUUCCGACCUCGUUUCCCGAUCCUUGGCCGCAACGGCGUCAACUUGCAAGAUCUAUGGGCCGAUGAGCCAACGUCAUAUUGCGGGACGGGGGUCUCUGGGUUCCCCAAUUACAUGGUCUUCCUAGGCCCCAACACACCCAUUUCAAACGGAAGUCUCAUGGGACCCAUCGAAGCGACGGGAGAUUACUUUAUCAGAAUCCUCUCAAAGGUCAUCAGACAGCGCGUCAAAUCCUUUGAUGUGAGACCAGAAGUGCAAAGCGACUUCGAUAAGCAUACUCAAGAGUUCAUGAAGAAUAUGGUGUGGACGGGCACAUGCCGCAGUUGGUUCAAGAAGGGCAUCACAGGGAAAGUCAGCGCCCUCUGGCCAGGAAGUUCCCUCCACUACAUGCAAUGCUUGGCCGAAGACCGGUGGGAAGACUACGAGUGGCGCUACGAUGGCGAAAGAUACUCUUACUGGCGCGAGGGCUUUUCCUGGAUCGAGCAGCCCGAGAAGGACCCACUCGGUAUCGAGCAACGGGAGUAUGCGACAUCCAUGACUACCAUCCCUCACAGGUCUUCUGAUCUCAGUUUCUACCUGCAGAAGGCCGAGGCUCUACCGCCAGGAGCGGUUGCGUUUGUCCCUCAGGCUCACGAACAGAAGCAGUAUGUUGAAGGGGAAUUAAAGAUACCGAGCAACAUGGAGGAGUCUGGAAAGAAGGGAGUGUCAGAUGUCGUCAAAGAACAGACUUGUGCGUCUGCUGAGAGCAUUCAGACCAUUGAGGCUCUAAGGCCCAGUGUUAUGGUCCCGGUCUAG